UUAUGCUGCAACACACGUGUAUGUCAUUUUUGCGAUUGGCAUGGCGUUCCGACGAGCGCUGCGUUUGUCGUUCGGGUCGACGCGCUCGCUCGCGUCGAUGAAGACGCCUGCCCCGAUAUCCAAAGCGCACACGAUACUUUUAUCCAGUGGAUCAGGUGACGCGGAUUUUGUGGCGUUACAUCCGAGCGGCAAGCCCCACAUCACGAAUACCCCAGCAGCUCCCCGAAGCGACGGGGAAAACCUGGACGAUUUGGAUGGCAACGACGCAGAGGAAACAGUGGCUAUCGGACCGUUAGGCGUUGAGUAUGGUGGGCCGACACGCGGCGGGAAACUCAAAGAACCCACGAGAUUCGGAGAUUGGGAGCGCAAGGGCCGCUGCUCGGACUUCUGAGCUCGAGAGCCACAGUACGGUAGAAGUCGAAAAGUAAAGUUACUGGUGAUAAUAAUUUUUACUCCGGCAAAA